AUGGGUAAGGUUUCUAAAUCCACAAAGAAGUUUCAAUCAAAACACUUGAAACACACCCUAGACCAAAGAAGAAAGGAAAAGAUCCAAAAGAAGAGAAUCCAAGGUCGUCGUGGCAACAAAACUGAUGAACAGAAAGCCGAUGCUGCUGGUACUAGAGAACAACAGCAAUUAAAGAAAGCUGUCAAGGAGGAAGUUUUUAAGGAUAUGUCCGUCGAAAAUUUUUUUGAGAAGGGUAUUGAAAUUCCAAAAGAGAAUAAGAAAUUGAAAAAAAAAGUUGUCAAGAAACAACCAGACGAGGAUUCAUCUUCCGAAGAGGAGGAGGACAUGGGGCAAAGUAUGGCAAAGUUAGCUGAAAAGGACCCGGAAUUCUAUAAGUAUUUGGAGGAAAAUGAUAAAGAUUUGUUGGAUUUUGGGGGAAGCAAUCCAUUAGAUGAAAUUAAUGGCGAAGAUGAAGACGCUAAAGCAGACGAAAACGUUGCUGAGAAAUCAGAACAGGUUGAGCGUGAAGUCGAAAAAAUUGCGCUUUCUCUCAAGUUGGUUAGAAAAUGGAAAAAGCAAUUGCAUGACUCGCCAAACUUAAAACUGUUAAGAAACAUAGUCAGUGCUUUUAAGGUCGCUGUAAAUUUGAAUAAAGAAGAAAAUAUUGAAGAUUAUAAAUAUGCUAUUACUGAUGAAAAAGCAUUCCACGAACUGAUGUUCGUCGUCUUGAAGGAUGUACCACAAGUGAUUCAAAAGAUGGCCCCAUACAAGAUUGUCAAAGGUUCAAGAACCUUACCAAAUGGGGGUAACGUAUCCAGAAUGUCGUCCAUUGUCAAAUCGCACGCUGGCUCUUUGUUGAUCUUGUUGAACGAUAUUACCAACACUGAAACAGCUGCUUUGGUCCUUCAUUCUGUCAACGAAUUGAUGCCUUACCUUUUGUCAUAUAGAAGAAUCUUGAAGGAGCUCAUUAAAUCAGUCGUUGACGUAUGGUCUACAACAAGAGAUUUGCAAACGCAAAUAGCUUCCUUUGCCUUCUUGAUCAAUACUACCAAGGAAUUCAAAAAAUCUAUGCUGGAAACGAUUCUGAAAACCACUUACUCUACUUUUAUCAAAAGUUGUCGUAAAACUAACAUGCGUUCCAUGCCUUUGAUCAAUUUCCAAAAAAAUUCAGCUGCUGAAUUGUUCGGUAUUGAUGAAGUUGUGGGUUACCAGAUUGGGUUUGAAUAUAUCAGGCAAUUGGCCAUCCAUUUAAGAAACACAAUGAAUGCAACAACUAAAAAAUCCAGCAAAGUUAAUUCUGCUGAAGCUUAUAAGAUUGUUUACAACUGGCAGUUUUGUCAUUCCUUAGAUUUCUGGUCUCGUGUUUUAUCAUUUGCUUGUCAACCAGAAAAGGAAAAUGGCAAGGAAUCUCCAUUAAGACAAUUAAUUUAUCCAUUGGUUCAAGUAACUUUGGGUGUAAUCAGAUUGAUUCCAACACCUCAAUUUUUCCCCUUAAGGUUUUACCUGAUCAAAUCGCUCAUUAGACUUUCUCAAAAUAGUGGUGUUUUCAUCCCUGUGUACCCUCUACUUUCUGAAAUUCUAAUCUCAACGGCUUUUUCGAAGGCACCUAAGAAGAGCCCCAAUUUGGCUGCCUUUGAUUUUGAUCACAACAUCAAAUGUACACAAGCUUACUUAAAUACCAAAGUAUAUCAAGAGGGUUUAUCAGAACAAUUUGUCGACUUAUUGGGCGAUUACUUUGCUCUCUACUGUAAAAAUAUUGCAUUUCCCGAACUUGUAACACCGGUUAUCAUCUCCUUACGUCGUUACAUUAAGACUUCAGCUAACGUGAAAUUUAACAAACGCUUAUCAGUUAUUAUCGAAAAAUUGAACCAAAAUAGCUCCUUCAUUCAAGACAAAAGAUCCGACGUUGAAUUUGGGCCUACGAAUAAAUCCGAAGUUUCAAAAUUCUUAAAUGACGUAACUUGGGAGAAGACACCUUUAGGCUCUUAUGUCAUUGUGCAACGUGAAGUCAAGGAGGAGAAGGAUAGAUUAAUGAGAGAAAGUUUGGAAGAACAAGACAAAGAAAGAGAAAUUGAAGAAGCGAAACAACUGAAUGGUCUCGAAAGUGAUGACAACGAAGACGUUGAAAUGUCAGAUGCCUAA